AGACGGAAUUGAGUGAACACAGUUCCCUCUUCUCCUUCCCUUUUAUUCCCAGUUUCCCUCCAUACCACCGUAUACGCAGCUUCAUCUCCACCCCGAUUCCACCGCGACAGGAGACGAACAAUCCCUCACGCUGAGGAGACUGUAAAUGGCGAAUAUGGCUUCAACACUCGGUGCGCUCUGUACUUUAGUAGCCCUGUUCCCGGCUAUCGUUACUUCUAUCCCUCUUGUACCUCGAUUCGUAUCGGGGAAUGGAAUCUUGGAUGCAUACGAUUAUGUCAUUAUCGGAGGUGGUACCAGCGGCCUAACGGUUGCCAAUCGGCUUUCAGAGGAUUCCUCCAGUAGGUUAACUUUUGCCUCGUACAUUCGCUGAACGCGUAGCUGUCUUUCGGGGGCUUAUUCACAGUGAUUAGAAACCGUUCUAGUGAUUGAGUCUGGUCCGAUGUGAGUUUGGCUUCCCCGGGAGAAGGAAUCGAUUUAUGCAGUAAUAACCAAGUAACCAAAUGUUUGUUUGCUAGGGAUGAUGGGUCCGAGAGUUUCAGGGUGCCAUAUCUGGGUCGUGGAUACCUGAAUUUUGGAACCAAAUUUGACUGGAAUAUCUCCUCCGUGCCAUCCCAAUCUCUGGGUGGCCGGUCAAUCAUAAUGCCAAGUGCGAGGGUGUUGGGGGGCACGUCUUCCAUUAAUGGGAUGCAGUUUGCGAAAGGAGCGGUCUCGGACUAUGAUGCCUGGGAAGAGCUCGGGAAUGAGGGAUGGAACUUCGAGUCUUUGGCAAAGUACUUCAGAAAGGUACAUGUCACUUCGUGAGAAGGGGCCUCAUAUCACGCGCUGACUUUAUAUCCCUGCACAUAUAGUCUGAAAACUUCACGGCCCCAUCUGAGAAACUGGUGAAGGAGUUUGGGGUCACUUAUGACAAGUCUGCGCAUGGAUUCACGGGGUUUAUACACUCGAGUUUCCCAAGGUUUCUCUGGCCUCAGUUAAGUACGAAUGCUAUGAUAUGGGAGAUUCCGUUGACCGCUAUUGACUCUUCUUGGUAUUAGAGAACUGGGUCGGUGCUAUGAAAAGCCUUGGGCACUCUGUCUCGCAAGACCCGGCGAAUGGAGGCGCUCUCCAACUAUUCUGGUCGCCCCUCUCAUUGAACCCCGAUACCCAGACCCGCUCCUUCUCGCGGGAAUAUUAUGAUGGUGCACAAGACCGGCCAAACCUUCAUGUCCUGCUCGACAGCACUGUUACCAAAUUGUUGACUUCUGGAGAUGAGAGAGUUAGAGUUGAUGCUGUAGAGGUAAGGCUUCCUUUCCGAACGUAACUAGAAAGAACCUAUGACUUAUAACGCCCAUAGUUUUUGAGCUCGGCAGGAGCCCAAAAUGGAUGCGUCAAGGUUAAAAAAGAGGCGAUUUUAGCUGCUGGUUCGAUAUUCAGUCCUCAAAUCCUACAAGUUUCCGGAAUUGGGCCAGCGAGUCUCCUCAAAUCGCUAGGAAUCAAGGUCGUCGUUGAUCUCCCGGGUGUGGGUGCUAACCUGCAGGGCCAUGUCUACAAUGUUAUUUUCUAUCAAAGUUAGUGUCAUUCGAUAUCUUGGGAUAUACCGCCAUCCAGCGAAAGUCCUUGCGAGACAGGGCUUCCCUUUGCCCGCACAUGCUCCAAUGGUGCAACAGCCCGCUUGAUAAUUCAUAUAGUAUCCGGAUGCAUUGGGGCAUUUAAGUGCAAAUUCGGGCAUCCCGGCGCCAAGGCAUCCGUAUACUUUAUGAAUUGCCAAGUAUCACAUCGUGCCCCUAGCAAUUGUAGUCUCGGCCAAAGGGUAGCUCUGUUUCGCAAUGGGAUUCGCUGACUUACUGCAAGGUGAGAAAAACUAACCACUCUAUCUAUCUAGUGGCAAAUGCCUCGCUCGCAGCGACAAACCUUACCACUAAUCCAACUUUCUAUAACGAAAUGCACGAGCUAUACAAGACUAAACAAGAUGGUAUGUAUCUCAUCAUCCCUACGCAGAGUUUCCCCAAUCUCAUAACCAUGAUCCAACCCACUAUUAGGCCCCUUCACCAACAAUGGAGCAAACAUGAUAGCCAUGCUCCCUCUCUCCGACAUAACCUCAGAUAACCUCCAAAACCUCUUCGAAGUUCCGAGCAAGAACCUCUCCCACCAGGACACGAGCCUUUCCAAAGGCUACCAAGCCCAGCUCAAAAUUCUUCACCACCGCCUAACCACCCCCAACAUGGCUGCAACGGAAGUAGUCUGGCUCAACGAAGGUGCCAUGAUCUUCUCGGUCAUGCAUCCCUUAAGUCGCGGCACCGUCACAACAACCUCCUCUUCCCUCCUCGCCGGCAUACCAGCCGUGGACACUGGACACCUCGCCCACCCCAUGGAUACCAGAAUCUUCGUCGAAACGCUAAAGUACACCCGCAAGAUUGCCGCCACGGACGAAAUGCAAAAGCUGGGACUCAUAGAGGUGACCCCCGGAGCGGGAGUGAAUACAGACGAGCAGCUUGAGAAGGCGGUCAGGGAUAUGUCAAAUCAGAUGUAUCAUAUGACGAGCACAUGCGCCAUGAUGAAGAGGGACCUGGGCGGGGUAGUAAAUAAGGACUUGAAGGUCUACGGAGUGCGGAAUUUGAGGGUUGUGGAUGCUAGCGUGCAGCCAUUGAUACCAGCUGCGCACGUGCAAUCCACGGUCUAUGCUGUCGCUGAGAAGGUGAGUUUCCGGCGCACGUAAGGAGGAGUAUCAUGCGCGAUCAGGCUGACACGGUUAUAACAUCACAGGCAGCGGAUUUGAUCAAGGCUGGGGACUCGUGACGGGACUGAAGGGUGAAGUGUUAUGGUCGAUAUAGGGUGUUCCGGUGCUAUAUCAUAGAGUUUCCCUUUGUUCUGGCGACCUGCACGAGAUAUAGGAGUGUAUUGCGGCGAUAAUCAAGGAUUAUCGCCACCCUAUCCGAAAUUGUGUAACUUUAUCGUAUUACUAGUAUUGCUAUUGACAGAAUACCUUUUUUUUUCAUUUUUUUUUUCACUUUUGCGAAUAUUAUACCGCGCUGUGUGGUGCCAUUUGUGGAACGUUGUGUUGUCAGCCCUCACCGGACAGUGAAAAAAACGAACCACAAUCCAUGACUCAAUCCGUCACCCAACCCAGAGCAGAAAGGAGGUCUCCCCUCAGCCCCCACACCCACGCAAACAGUUUCCCACCUUUGAUUUCGCUGUCUUGUACCAUUCGGGGCAUUAUACCGAAAGAGGAAGCGUCUUCAAGUUUAAUCUCAGACCAUCCUACCGGUACGAUACAGUACCGGUACCUGGAAGUCACAAAAUCUGAACCCCUUUCAUUGCCAGUGAUUCAUGCUCUACUCGUACUCUCUUCUCCCCCACAUCUGUCGAUCCGCGUUCCUUCGCCGGU